CCUAGGCCGGUCCACCCAGUCCGUCCCAGCGAGCAGCGACUCCGCUAGGGUUUGUUUACCCACCACCCCCUCCCGUCGUCGAGAUCCAUAGCGCCACCGUCGGCCGUCGCCCCGCCCACUCCGUCAGCCGGCGCCACGGCGACGCCGUUCCGGCAGCUCUCCUUCCGCCGACGAGCACCUCCCCCCGCCACCUCAAAUCCGGCAGCGAGUCGGGGAAGUCAAAGGCCAGAUUUCGAUACAGGAGCCCAGCAGCGCCUCCCUCACUCCCUCGGCCAGCCGCUCCCGCCCAGCAACGCCGCGGCUCGGUCCACAGCCAGUGAGUAAACCAUGAGCCACGCCGGCAAGCGUACCAGCCAGCACAGGGAUCAUGACAGAGAAGACAGGGACCAAAAGCGAAGGCCGGCCCACACCCAGGAAACCUCCAGUAAGGAUGAAUUGGUUGUUUACCGGAUACUUUGUCCAGACAAAGCGAUUGGUAGUGUAAUUGGCAAGGGUGGCAAGGUGAUAAAUUCCAUCCGGCAACAAACGAAUGCCAAAGUCAAGGUUGUCGACCCUUACCCUGGUGCUGACAAAAGGGUUAUUUUGGUAUAUUGUUAUGUCAAGCAUAGAGACCUCAAGCAUAGCGACAUAGAUGCUGAUGAUGAUGACAGGGAGCCUGUUUGCGCGGCACAAAAUGCAUUACUCAAGGUGCAUGAUGCAAUCGUUGAUGCUCUGGCAGUCAAUAGUGACUCUGAUGAUGAAGAAGCCAACAUUCUUGUACCAGCUAGUCAAGCUGCAAGCGUUAUUGGAAAAUCUGGUUCUGUCAUCAAGAGGCUUCGCUCAGUUUCAAAAUCAUUCAUUAAAGUUAAACCAAAAGAUCCAAGCGAUGUUACACACUCAUGUGCUAUGAGUUUUGAUAAUUUCGUUCAGAUAACUGGGGAUGCUAGAGCUGUCAAGAAGGCAUUGUUUGCAGUAUCAACAAUUAUCUACAAAUGUCCAUCAAAAGAGAACAUUUCUCUCGAAACAUCUAUUGAUGAACUUCCUCCAACCAUUAUACUUCCUUCAGAGCUUCCGGUUUAUCCGGCUAGUAGCUUAUACUCAGUGUCAGAUGCUUCUAUGCCAUCUGGACAUCCAAGUCUGUCUAUCUUAGGGGCACCAAGUCAUGGUUCUCAUGUUCCUGAAUUUACUGUACCCACUGAUGCUCAUGGCGGAGUGCCCAUUUAUCAUUCUAUGGUUCCAGCUAUUCCUACUUAUAACACCCCAAAAUGUUCAGGAGAACUAUUGCUGCGUGUUGCAUGCCCCGCCGACAAGAUUGGGUUGGUUAUUGGUAAAGGUGGGGUGACCAUAAAGAGUAUAAGGAAAGAGAGUGGUGCAAGGGUUGAUGUUGAUGAUGCAAAGAAUGACAAGGAGGAAAGUAUAAUCACCAUUGCAUCCACUGAGGCCACCGAUGAUGUAAAGUCUUCAGCAGUGGAAGCUGUUCUUCUGCUUCAAGCAAAGAUCAAUGAUGAAAAUGAAGAUAGAAUGCAUCUUCGUCUUCUUGUUCCGGCUAAUGUGAUUGGCUGUCUUAUCGGCAAGGGUGGUUCAAUCAUUAAUGACAUGCGGACUAAGUCUAAGGCAAUUAUCUACAUAUCAAAGGGCACUAAGCCUCGGAGGGCAUCUUCCAGUGAUGAGCUCGUUGAGGUGUCGGGGGAAGUGGACAACCUGCGUGAUGCUCUUGUUCAGAUCGUUCUAAGACUCCGGGAAGAUGUUCUGAAGGACAGCGUGGGAAGGCAAUAUUCUGGCAAGGAUGGGAAGCUAACCGUUGCCACCACUGAACCAGUGUAUUCAAGCAGCUUUCCGAUGCCAGCAUUAUUACCGUACAGUCAACAAACCACUCCAUUGCGCUAUGAUCAAAGGAGUGAAGUUGAGCGUGGCUCAAAUGUAUUUCCUCGUAGCAGCUUGUAUCAUGGAUACAGCCCCAGGCAGGCUGUAGAUGAUGGGUUUGGAGUACGCUCCUCGUACACUUCAAAGCCAUAUGGAAGACGCGUCCCGGAUAUGGAAAUGUUUAUUCCUGCUAGUGGCCUUUCAAAAGUAAUGGGGAAGCAUGGUACAAACUUGGACAAUAUUAGAAAGAUUUCUGGAGCUGACAUUGAAAUUAUUGAAUCAAAAUCAUCUCAUCAUGAGCAUGUUGCUCACAUAUUUGGCACCCCUGAGCAGAGGCAGUCGGCAGAGAAUUUGAUCAAAGCUUUCAUAAUGUCUACUUAAGGACGUACUUCCGGCUGUAGUUUGAAAGGAUAUAUGGGGACACUUCAGUCAGCUCUAUCGGACUCUUGCCAUCCCGUAAUAUCCUUAGAUCAAAACAGUGCUCUCCAUCCCUUCAACUCUCCAAUAAACCUCAUGCUUUAUCUCUCUAUCUUCCUCAGAUUCUCAACCAUGACUUGUGUGGAUUUGUUCGUGUUUAAUCGCAUGUUCAGAUAUUCCUAUCUAAUCUCGAUGAGUGCCUCAAUCUCUGCUUAUUCAUAACCAAUUCUUUAUGCUGUCAGCGCUGAUAGCUGAUUCAUUCGCUUGCCAGUACGGGAGGGGCCCUUAACACUCUUUUGCCACUUCAAACAGAACAUGCAGCACACGUUCUAACACUUUGUUUUUGAAGAAAUCUGUUACACCAUUACCAUGUAGAAUUCUUCUCGUCCUUUUUCAUGAUAGACUUCAACAUCAUCGUUCUUGUACUCUUUUGCUGCUUACCAUGAUUGACAGUCUUCAGUCAGAACAUGCGGUACACGUUUUUUCAGUGUUCUGCAUGGUGGCUGCUACAUCGUCCUUAGAUAUCGAAUGACUAAUCUAAUACUGCAAUUUUAAGAAAUCUGUUUCAUCGUGACUAAGUAAAUUUCUUCCUGUUCUUUUCAAAUACUCUAAAAUUGUGUAUACUAAUUUAGAAUAGGUUCUGUACUUGACUCCUCUUCCCAAUCAUCAUCUCAACUUCUUCGGUCAUUCCUUAGGUGGAUAUUUUCUUAGAUAUGAUUAUGUUUCUUUGCAUCAACUAGGUCGGUAAUGCUGAAAUCUGUUUCAUCAAUCAAUACUAAGUAAAAUUCUUGCCCUUGUCUGUAAGUGUUGGUUGAGUAAUGGCCUGAAAAUUAUGUAUAA